AUGGUUGUGCAUAAAAAUUGUGUUCUAGAGGAGGCAGAUAACUUCUGUUUUGACUCGAGGGACUUAUGGUCAAUUGUGUUCCCCUCAGAGUCAGAAAAGAUUGCUGCAACUGCAACAAGAAGUUUAAAUGAGGUAGUUCAUACACAAGCAAAAGUGACUGCCGACCAGGAAGUCAUGUACAAAUAUGUAUCAAAAAAUCUGUUGUUUUUGGCAACUGUUGCGCCUAAAGCUGUUGGUCCUAUUGGUUCUGUUACCCCAGAUGAAUCAUCUUUGAUUGUUUAUUUGAUAGAUACGGUAACUGGUCGUAUAUUGCACAGAGUGACCCAUCAUGGUUCUGUAGGUCCUGUUCAUGCUGUGUUCAGUGAAAAUUGGGUUGUGUAUCACUACUUCAACCUAAGAGCACAUCGAUAUGAGAUGUCUGUCAUUGAAAUAUAUGACCAAGCUCGUGCGGAAAACAAAGACGUGUUGAAGCUUGUUCUCGGGACACAUAAUCUCACUUCUCCUAUAACAGCUUACUCUCGCCCUGAAGUCUCCACAAAGUCACAGUCGUAUUUUUUUGCACAUUCUCUGAAAACAAUGGCGGUAACAUUAACGGCCAAAGGUAUUACUUCCAAGCAGGUUCUUCUUGGCACAAUUGGUGAUCAGGUGUUGGCUCUUGAUAAGCGGUUCUUAGACCCCCGGAGAACAAUUAAUCCUACUCAAGCGGAGAAAGAAGAAGGAAUUAUUCCUCUUACUGAUUCAUUACCAAUUAUACCUCAGUCUUAUGUAACUCAUGCUCUUAAGGUGGAAGGUCUCAGAGGCAUUGUAACAGUUCCUGCAAAGCUGGAGUCAACCACCCUUGUUUUUGCUUAUGGCACAGAUCUCUUUUUCACUCGGCUUGCACCUUCUAGAACAUAUGAUUCUCUUACUGAGGAUUUCAGCUACGCUCUGCUUCUAAUCACUAUUGGUGCCCUUGUUAUUGCAAUUUUAGUUACCUGGGUUUGGUCCGAGAAGAAAGAGCUUCAGGAGAAGUGGAGGUGAGUGGAACUGUUUUGAGGUUCAUGUUAGUCCUCCGACACUGUCUGGGGGGCAUUUGUUGUCCGAGAAAGUCACCUUUGUAACAUGAUCACUCUAAUCGUGAUGGUUAGAUAUAUCUACCUACUCAAUGUUGUAAAUCAGAAUGACAGGAAAUCAGAAACAGAUAGAAAGAGUAGGCUUGAUUUAUAUCAAAGGCUACACCAAAGCAUAAUACUGCGAUCGGUGAUGACAUACGUUUUCCCUUUGCAUUCGUCAAUUUAUGACUGAUGAAGCUAAUUGAAUUUUCAAUAGUAUUUAGUAUUUUAUGAUGUAUGGUUGGACAUUGCUACUGAUUUCAAUUUCAGAAAUAAUGUUAUAUUUCUCUCA